AUGAGUAAACCUGGGUCAGAACGGACGGCCGCAGACCUCAUCAUACCGCCGCGAGUCAAGGGCCCUCCUUUUGAACCUGACAAGCCGGGUCCUCCUGCAACGGUCCAGAGUGCAGCCACUUACAUCGGGAAGGAUAAGAUCGCCACCGAGGCCGAGACCAUUCGGCGGGCUGCGGGUCGUGCAAAGAACUCGACCAACAAAGAAGAACGGCCUCAACAAGAGACGGAAGAGCAUCACAAGUCAGGGGGCUUGCUUGAAGCAGUUGCGGCCGCCAGCCAGGGAAUUGCGGAAUCGACACAGAGAGGGGUCGAGCGGGUGAGCAGUGUGGUCAAGGACGGAGUGAAGAGCAUUCUGCGAAGCACGGGGAAAGGCGCUGACAGACGGGACUCGUAG